UGGGGACGGGAGGAAGGAGCGGAGCCUCCCCCCGGGGUGGCUAGCGCAGCUCCGCCGCCGGCCCAUGCCUGUGCGUCUGCAGUGAGCGCGGCGCGGGGGGCGGACAGCCGCGGGCCGGCCGGGCCAUGUCGGAGACGGAGAGCGGAGCCGCAGAUGCAGUUUCCACAUCUGCUUACUCAUCACCAGCCAAAAGUUUGGGAGACCCUGGAAUAACUCCACUGUCUCCGUCACAUAUUGUGAAGGACUCUGAUGCAGAUGAUGCUGUGGAACAGUUAUUUCUUGUUGUUGUGGCUAUUGAUUUUGGCACAACAUCCAGUGGCUACGCCUACAGCUUCACCAAGGAACCGGAAUGUAUCCAUGUAAUGAGACGAUGGGAAGGUGGAGAUCCAGGUGUAUCCAGUCAGAAGACACCAACCACUAUCCUCCUAACACCGGAGAGAAAGUUCCAUAGCUUUGGUUAUGCAGCAAGAGAUUUCUACCAUGACUUGGAUCCCACUGAAUCAAAGCACUGGUUGUAUUUUGAAAAGUUUAAGAUGAAGCUACAUACCACUGGUAAUCUCACCAUGGAGACAGACCUGACAGCUGCAAAUGGCAAAAAAGUCAAAGCACUUGAGAUAUUUGCUUAUGCUCUGCAGUUCUUUAAGGAACAGGCAUUAAAGGAGCUCAGUGACCAAGGAGGCUCGGACUUUGAAAACACUGAAGUAAGAUGGGUCAUUACAGUGCCUGCUAUUUGGAAGCAGCCUGCAAAGCAGUUUAUGAGACAAGCUGCCUACAAGGCAGGAAUGGCAUCUCCUGAAAAUCCCGAGCAGCUGAUCAUUGCCCUGGAACCUGAGGCUGCCUCCAUCUACUGCCGAAAGCUCCGCCUGCACCAGAUGAUAGACCUGAGUAGCAGGGCGCCUGUCAAUGGUUAUAGCCCCAGUGACACUAUUGGAACUGGAUUUACACAGGCUAAGGAACACAUCCGUCGGAAUCGACAGAGUCGGACCUUUUUGGUGGAGAAUGUCAUAGGAGAGAUCUGGUCCGAACUGGAAGAAGGUGACCGUUACAUCGUUGUUGACAGUGGAGGAGGCACAGUGGAUAUGACUGUCCAUCAGAUCAGGCUCCCUGAAGGACACCUUAAGGAGCUAUACAAGGCAACAGGUGGGCCAUACGGGUCUCUAGGUGUGGACUAUGAAUUUGAAAAGCUCCUUUGUAAAAUAUUUGGAGAAGAUUUUAUCGAGCAAUUUAAAAUCAAGCGUCCUGCUGCCUGGGUAGAUCUGAUGAUAGCGUUUGAGUCCCGUAAACGGGCGGCAGCUCCAGACAGGACCAAUCCACUCAACAUCACUCUGCCUUUCUCCUUCAUUGACUAUUACAAGAAGUUUCGAGGUCACAGUGUAGAACAUGCCUUGAGGAAAAGCAAUGUGGACUUUGUGAAGUGGUCUUCCCAGGGAAUGCUGAGGAUGAGCCCGGAUGCAAUGAAUGCUCUUUUCAAACCCACAAUUGACCAGAUUGUUCAGCACCUCAGUGACGUCUUUGAUAAGCCAGAAGUGACCAAUGUCAAGUUUCUGUUCCUGGUGGGUGGCUUUGCUGAAUCUCCCUUACUCCAACAAGCUGUCCAGAGCGCUUUUGGUUCGAGAUGUCGAGUCAUCAUUCCUCAGGAUGUGGGACUCACUAUCCUCAAAGGAGCUGUUCUCUUUGGCCUAGACCCUGCUGUCAUCAAAGUGCGACGCUCACCUCUCACCUAUGGCGUGGGUGUGCUCAAUCGCUACGUGGAAGGGAAGCAUCCACCAGAGAAGCUGCUCAUCAAAGACGGCACACGCUGGUGCACUGAUGUCUUUGACAAAUUUAUCUCAGCCGACCAAUCCGUAGCCCUUGGAGAAACUGUGACACGCAGUUACACACCCGCCAAGCCUUCUCAGUUAGUAAUAGUGAUCAAUAUCUAUAGCUCGGAACAAGAUAACGUGAGCUUCAUCACCGAGGCCGGAGUGAAGAAGUGCGGCACCCUUCGCUUGGAUCUCACGGGGACUGAUGCUUCGGUGCCAAACCGACGGGAGAUCAAAACACUUAUGCAGUUUGGGGACACUGAAAUCAAAGCCAUGGCCAUCGAUGUUGCCACCUCUAAAAGUGUCAAAGUUGGUAUUGAUUUCUUAAACUACUAGCAGCCCGUUCUCCCCACUGCUGCCUGUUUGUGAGACUGUUCUUCCACUGUUCCAUUUUUUGUCGUUCAUGUAUCACGUAAUCAACUUGAAUUUCAGCAGGCUAUGUGAGAACAGCUAGCAAGGUGGGCUAUGUCAUGUUUGUGCCAUUUGAUGACCAAAGGCUGGAUUUUGAAAGACCCUUAAAAAGUUUUGGGAGCAAAAGUUAACAGAGGUAGUAAAAGUUCCUGAGUUACCCAAGCAUGCUUAAAGGUCUACAUUUAUUAAGUAACUGCUGAUUAUUGUUGGGUCCUGAAGAUUAGUUAAAAACAUGUAAGGGGGUAAUCUCUUUGCCUUUUUCUUCUUCCUCCCAAGAAAACCUCACUAGCCUGUGUGACUGUUGUAGGGGGACGAAUCUGCGUGGAUUGUCUGUUUAAACAGCACCAUCCUCUGGCAACGAGAACAAUUUUGUAUUCUAUAGUAUUCUUUUGUUCUUUGAUUUUGCCCUGUGCUUUCACACUUUAAGUGCUGAAAAUCAAUGACUUAAAGAAAUGGGAACUAAGUUUCUUAAAUUCUGAGAUCUUACUGAAAGAAAAUCUUCAGAAAUCCUUAAAGUUAAAUUUAGGAAAUGCUUAUAUAUUUUAGGAGCCUGGUAUCAAUUGCUCUGGUUUGAAAACAAGGCCCUUAUUGUCAAAGCCCUCAGAACAAGCUGGUGGAUUAAAUAGCUAGCAUUGCUCUCAGUACACUUUGGAAUACUAUUAAGAAUAAAACUAUUUCCCUUUUGGACACUAAACGUAUCUUAUUAGUCUCCAUCUGAAAUUGUAAAAUCACAGAAUAGUUGAGGUUGGAGACGACAUCCAACGAGUAUCUGACAACCUCAACUCUAAGCAGUGUCAACCAGGGCAGGAUGCUUUGUCCAGUUUUGAGCAUUUCCAAAGAUGGAGUUGCCUAAACUCUGGGCAAACCUGUUCCAGUAUUUGACAUCUCUCACCGCAAAAAGGUUUUUUGUCAUGUUUAAAAGGAGUUUAUUGAGUUUCAAUUUGUAGCCAUUGCCUCCUGUUCCUUCGCUGGAUACCUCUGAGAAGUCUGGCUCCAUCUUCUCUGUUGUCUCUGUCAGGCAUUUAUACACAUCCCUAUCUUCCCUGAACCUUCUUGAGUCGAACAGUCUCAACUCUCUCAGCCUCUCCUCACAUGACUGAUACUGCAGACCCUGAAUCAUGUUCGUGACCCUUUCCUGGUCUCAGCAUGGUAUCUCCUUCUUGUACUGAGUAGCACAGAACUGGACCUGGCACUCCAGAUGCAGUCUCACCAGGGCUGGAUGAAGGGGAGUCAUUGCUUGACCUUCUGGCAAUGCUCUUCCUAAUGCAGCCCAUGAGGCCUGUUGACAUUUUUUGCUGUAAGGACACAUUGCUGACUCCCCUCAGCUUUAUGUCUACCAAGGUUCCAAGGUCUUGUUCUGCAAAGCUGCUUCCCAGCCAGUUGACCCUCUGAAGGUACUAGUGCUUGGGGUUAUUCCUCCCCAGGUUCAGGAUUUCACACCUCCCUUUGUUGAACUUCAUGAGGUUCCUGUCUGCACAUUUCUCCAGCCUGUUGAGGUCCCUCUGACCCAUCUGGUUUAUCAAGCACUUCUCCAAGUGAUUCUGUUUCUUUUCUUAAUCUCUCUGUUAAGAUUUGGAAGUAUAGUUAGAUGGUCCUUGUCCAGGAUACUUAGAGAAAAUGCCCAGAUCAAAAGUCCUGCACUGUAUUUUGAGUAGCAAGUAUUUUAAUUGUGUAAAAUCUCUUUCUGGAUGGAGUUGUAUGGCCAGCAAAGUGGAAGGCAGAAGCCACGAGAAUGAAACUCCAAAUAGCAUUAAAUAAAGCAUUCCUUAUAUGGCUCUGAGCACACAAUCCUAAUGCAGGUGAAAUAAAAGGAUGCUCAUGGUGGCAUCUUGUUUUCCAAAUUAUAACUUUCUGGAUUUUUUUCUUAAUCACAUUGACCAGGGAAGGUUUAUUUUCUGCAACUGGAACAGUUUCUGUUUUGCAAAACACUACAGGUGGAUAACUCCUGAAACCUACAAUCUGUAUCUGCCAUGAGUUGGCAACUUCAGAUUCAAAUGCAAAUCCCACUUGGAUUUGGCAGAAUGAUACUAACCCCCAGAGUCACCCUCAACUGCUGGCACUUCCAGAACAUCUAUACAGAGCUGCCUGAUUACCUGCUGGAAUUCAUUACACUUUUAAAACUUUACAGUUGUUAAUCGUUCAACUAAGUGUUCCCCUCUGAUACACUGAGCAUGAGUUAAAUCCACGACUGACACUUGUGGGAAAUGAAAGCUUUACCAAUUAUUUCACUAAUUUAUGUUCCAAUCCUGCACUUCAGCUUUGUGUGGUUAGCCUGGAGUUUUGCCGCAGUAACGAGCUGCAGAACCGAUCUGCUGCAUUUUGCCAUUGAGUUUUCUGUGUCUCCUGCAGAAUUCCCUGGUUGAAUGUGAAAUCUGUUCUGCAUUCAGCUUAAAAAAAAAGGGGGAAAAAAAAAGGACUCUGGAGAAUGCUAGUCACAGUAUCUGGCUGGAUACUUUCUAUAAUUACAAAGUGUGCUUGCUAGCAUUCAAUUUCCUACUGCCUGCUAAAUGCUUUAAAAGCUAAAUACUGGGAGGUUUUUUUGUGUGUUGCUUUCCAUGGUUUACAAACAAGAGAAACUUUAAGAUGAGUUAUGAACAAUAUAAUUUUAUGUAUAUACAAUAUUUAAAUAUUGUACAGACUCUUUCUUUCUACAGUGCUAUUUUCUUGUAUAAAAAUGCUCUUUGCCUCUGUUGAUUUCAUUCAGCUGCUAAUUUUAAAUAACAUAGUUUCUCAAUCAGCUUCUGUAAUUAUAGGCUUUUAAAGAUGGUAAGAUAUGAAAUGUAAAAGGCUGAUCUUAUAAUAAUAGGCAAGAAAUGUUGAUGUGUCAGAGAAUACAACAUUCUUCCUGCAACGCAAAUCGUACCAGUGAAGCAUCUUACACAGAUGCGUUAGUGUGUUGCUGGGAUUUUCAUUUCUUUGUUUCAGACAGUGACCAUUCCUUCUCCAGCAGUUCAUCAUAAUAAUGGAUGAAUCCUCCUGUAAAACCAAGUUAAAAAUGAGAUUGUAUGAUCUGGAUAUACAGCUUCUUCACUAGGUUUUCAGGUUUUAUUAAGGAUCUUCUCUAGUUUAAUAAAAAACCGAACACAAAACUACCUUCCAAAGCCAGGCAACGCCAAUGUAUUGUAGCUACAGGUAAGACUCAGUCUCUGUCUACCACUACCAACCUACCAAAAGACAAAAUUCCUAAAUUAGAAUAGGCUUUGGCAUCUUUGCAUCCUGUGUUAAACUGAAUCAGUCAAGUUCUGCACAGAUUGGUUUGCAGUGGCCUUAAGUUAACAUGGAUUUUGAUCUAAUAAAUGACUACAACUUCCUCUUCUCCCCCUCUGAAAAGGAGGUGAACUGCAAGAUCAGGUAGCCUGUGAUUUUUCUGCCAAUUUCAGCCUGUCUGCAGGGAAUGCUAAAGGUAGUUUCUGCAGGGAAUGCUAAAGGUAGUUUCUGCAGCUCCUCUGAAGCAUUAUGUCCCUGCACAGUAGCAAUUCUCUACCCUUUCUUGUUUGCUUUUUUUGUAAGAUCCCAUCUGGAUCCAAGCAGGGGUUUGUUGCUGAAAUCACUCUAACUGUAAAAUGUGGCUUGCAUAUUUCUGCACGUCUUCAUUCAGUCUGAUGAGAGCACCGUCAAGCUUAUCUUUGCAGAGCACUGAACAAACUCCCAGCUGUCCUUGUUGCCCUUUUAAAAUCUGAGAAUGGAAAAUUAGCUUGUUUCUCUAAGGGAUUAGAAUUGUUAAGUAGAAUAUUAUGCUGUGGUCUGUAGUCUAUAACCCAGUUAAACAACUUUACAUGUAAGUGGCAUGUGGAUGCCCACAGUGAUAAAGGCUGUUAGGCUGUAAAAUUAAUAUGAAAUUUAUUAGGAAAUGAGUAAUUUUUAGAAUAGUUCUGAUGCUUUUGCAGGAGAUGCCCUGCAGAGCAUUUUUUUGGUAGCGGUUUCAGAUGACAUUGUGCAACUUAACAUUGAAAAGGCAAGGCCUGCUGCCGUUUGGGAAGCAGAAGUUACGCUUUAAGCAGCAACUUGCAAGUUUGGGUCCAAGUUACUUAACUCCAUGCUGAAAGUUAGCAGCUAAUUGUGAUGGAAUGAUGAAUUGUGCUAGAAUAUGAUAAGUGUGCAGUGAUGAUUUUAAGACAGUUUACAUUGGUAUGACUAUACCAAAAUUUAUAUACAGGAGUUUUAAUGCAUUAUUAUGAGAAGGCUAAUUAUAUAUUGCAGAGAUUUAAUCGCCAAGAUAAGCUGCAUAUUUAUGAUAUGAAGUGGCUUAAGCGGAUGAAUAGUAUAAAAGUUGUUGGGCAUAACGUCACAGUACUCACCUGCUUGAAAUAGACUUAAACUAUAUUCUAAACCCAACCAUUGUGGUCUUGUUCACCUCUGUGCCAGAUAAAUGCAGAUUUCACUGAUGUUUGGAGCUGUUCGCAACUUGUCUGGAUUGUAUCUUGAGUGUUCUUGUGUCUUCAAUCAUGUCAAAUAAAAUACCCUAAAACUUAA